AUGGCAAGAGUUACGAGAGUCUUGAAGAGAAGUUGCAUGGGUGGGUUUGAGAUCUUCAAGGAUAGUAGUAACUACUUACUUGGGUUGAAUGAGUAUGAGGAUUUGAGCCAUGAGGAAUUCAAAAUUAUGUAUUUAGGACUAAAGGUUGAGUUUCCUAAGAGGAGGGGGUCCCCUGAAGAAUUCACUUACAGGGAAGUCGUGGAUUUGCCCAAAUCUGUAGACUGGAGAAGAAAGAAAGUUGCUGUCACUCCUGUUAAAAACCAAGGCUCCUGUGGUAGAUGUUGGGCAUUUUCAACAGUAGCAGCAGUUGAAGGCGGCAACCCUUAUUCGAUAGGCGUUGUGGAACUGAGCUGGAUCACCGAGUGGCUGCUGUUGGAUAUGGAUCAAAGGGGGAAGCAUCACGCCAGUAGAAAAAGUGAAGCUACAAAGCAGGUUGUUGCUACUAGCUUGGACAUUGUUCCAUCUCCCCCAACAUCCCAUUUGGUUGCCUUAAAGUUUCUAGGGAACAAAGAGGGCCUGGAUACUCUUUUGUCAUCGAUGUGGAGAUAG